CCAAAUUUUGCUAACUCAACUCCUGUCACGUCUGUCAAUGGAUGGAUUGUCAUUCAGCAGAGGAUUGAUGGCUCGCAGAGUUUCAACCAAAAUUGGGACACGUAUAAAUUAGGAUUUGGAACUUACUACAAAAACUUCUGGUUGGGCUUGGAGAAGAUGCACCAGUUAACGACAUCGGCUGAUUACAGGUUGAGAUUUGAAGUGCUUAUCAGCGGUGCUUGGUACUCCGAUGAAUAUGACCAUUUCACGAUAAAUUCGGAGUUUGAAAAAUAUUCCCUCAAAGUUUCUGGACACAGUGGAGAUGAGAAAAAUAAUAUGGACUACCACAAUGGUAUGAAGUUUUCAACACCCGAUCAAGAUAACGAUCAGUAUCCCGGCUUCAACUGCGCUCUGCUGUGGUCGUCCGGAAAUUGGUUCAAUUAUUGUUUAUAUCAAAAUAUGAAUGGUGUUUAU